AUGCGGACCAAGCGGAAGUUGAGCCUCCCGAUGCUCCAGGAUCCAUCCACCAGGAGGACGACAACAGCAGUCAGUAAAUCAGGUUUAGGGAGGACGACAACAGCAGUCAGUAAAUCAGGUUUAGGGAGGACGACAACAGCAGUCAGUAAAUCAGGUUUAGGGAGGACGACAACAGCAGUCAGUAAAUCAGGUUUAGGGAGGACGACAACAGCAGUCAGUAAAUCAGGUUUAGGGAGGACGACAACAGCAGUCAGUAAAUCAGGUUUAGGGAGGACGACAACAGCAGUCAGUAAAUCAGGUUUAGGGAGGACGACAACAGCAGUCAGUAAAUCAGGUUUAGGGAGGACGACAACAGCAGUCAGUAAAUCAGGUUUAGGGAGGACGACAACAGCAGUCAGUAAAUCAGGUUUAGGGAGGACGACAACAGCAGUCAGUAAAUCAGGUUUAGGGAGGACGACAACAGCAGUCAGUAAAUCAGGUUUAGGGAGGACGACAACAGCAGUCAGUAAAUCAGGUUUAGGGAGGACGACAACAGCAGUCAGUAAAUCAGGUUUAGGGAGGACGACAACAGCAGUCAGUAAAUCAGGUUUAGGGAGGACGACAACAGCAGUCAGUAAAUCAGGUUUAGGGAGGACGACAACAGCAGUCAGUAAAUCAGGUUUAGGGAGGACGACAACAGCAGUCAGUAAAUCAGGUUUAGGGAGGACGACAACAGCAGUCAGUAAAUCAGGUUUAGGGAGGACGACAACAGCAGUCAGUAAAUCAGGUUUAGGGAGGACGACAACAGCAGUCAGUAAAUCAGGUUUAGGGAGGACGACAACAGCAGUCAGUAAAUCAGGUUUAGGGAGGACGACAACAGCAGUCAGUAAAUCAGGUUUAGGGAGGACGACAACAGCAGUCAGUAAAUCAGGUUUAGGGAGGACGACAACAGCAGUCAGUAAAUCAGGUUUAGGGAGGACGACAACAGCAGUCAGUAAAUCAGGUUUAGGGAGGACGACAGCAGCAGUGUAG